ACUUCGUACUUCUCCACCGUAUACAGAGCUCUCUCUGCACUCAGAGCUCUACAAUCUUGUGGUGUAUCAGAAUUUGUGAAGUACACGAAUCUUAAACCUUCGGAAUAUCGUAGUGACAUAGUUUUCAGAUACUAGAUUGUUAGUGUAAUCAAUCCUUAGUUCAUCGUUUUUUGUUUUUUUUGAUCAAGUAGUGGAAAGAUGGCAACCUCGAGUGUGCUGAGUAGGAGUUGCUUGCAGACGGUGGCUGGGCUUCCGUCGCUGGGAGUUGCGCAGGUGAAGGCCAGGGCGAGCAACAGCUCGCUGUUAACUGGAGUGGGGCUUCGACCAGCACGAUGCUUCCAGCAAAUGGGUCGCCCGAGUUUGGUCGUUUCCGCAAAACAGGAAUCUCCUCUGCCGGGCACCAAGCGUGAGCCAGAGAAGAAGGACGACCCCCUCCGCAUCUUCGAGGGCUCGCCUGCAGAGAAAUUCUAUCGACCCGAGAACGAGCGACGUCCGGAGGACGGCAACACGAGCACGAAUAGGUUGAUGAAGUUCGAUGGACCCUCGCCCGAGACCAUCAACAGCCGUCUGGCCAUGCUUGGCAUCACCUGGGCCUUCGUUGCGGAGAUUCUCACCGGGCAGAGCGUGUGGGAGCAGGUCAUUGAGGGCCGCGGUUUGAUUUGGUUCCUGUUUGUGGCGCCCAUAGUCAUCGGCGCCACACUGAUCCCCAUGUACAAUAAGGAGUCACCCGACAGCCGAGAGAACGGUCCCUUUAAUGCUCAGAACGAGAGGUGGAAUGGUCGCGCAGCUAUGAUCGGACUCGUGGCACUGCUCGUCACCGAGAACAUCUACUUGAAAGGCCCACUUCUGGGCUUCAUCCACAGCUCCCUCAAUUUGUAGACAACUCGUGAGCAAUUGUAAUGCGAAGCGGUUUCUGAAGGAGGAAACCCGAGUGUAUAUAGUCGUUGUAGAGAGGUUCCAAGGGCGGAUGCCUAAGGGGGCUACAAAGAACUCCGUCUGCAAAUCUGCUUGUAGGCCUACAUCACUGUGCGCUUGUAAUUUGUGAUUAUUCUGUUUAAGUUUCUAACAAUGUGACUUGUGUGAGAUGGACGUCCCACUGUGUCUAUUCUGCUGCACCAAGAAGGAAUUUUUCAUUGAGACAAACGCAAUAAAAACCUAACUUAGUGCUGCUCUGGCGGUUUUCAAUC